AUGCCGCCGCGGCUGCGCAACGCUCAAAAGCGCCCCCUGUCGGCGGACGACAUCGACGUCGACAACGACAGCAACGCAUCCGACGGCUCAUCAAGUGAGUGGCAGCCGUCGCCAAGCCCGCCUCGUGUGGAGAUGACAGGGACCACAAGUAGCGCAAGCGAGGAGUCCGGUCAAAUUUGCGUCAUCGCCCCGCCGCCGGGAGAGACGCAGUUUCGCUCGUGGGAAGAGUUCGAAAUUUACCUAGCGAAGUACCAAGCCCAGUUGUUUCAAAUCUUCCGGGUGCGGACCAACACCUCUGUCGCCGUGCGCAAUGGCAGGAUAGAUGCCCAAGGCUCUUCAGCGUCCAAGCACUCCGCCGAGUGGGAGAAUUACGCAAAAACCUACGUUUGUACGCAUUAUGGAGACUCGGGCCUCGGGAUGCUCUGCCCAGCGAUGGCUUACCUGAAGUACGUUGCACGUCGAUUCAAGAACGGAGAAUAUAACAUCUCUUCCUCUUAUUUACCACCAGAGGAACAGCAGUCAGAAUUGACACUGCCUCCCACGCAGCUGGAACGAGAUCAACCUCACGGAGCGGGAGCGGAUGUAGUCAGCGAGAAUGCGCCAGUGGAUUCGAACAGCCUAUCCGUCGGGACGGGCAGCCAAUCUGUCGAGCCUGUAAGCCAAUCUGGCGAAUCGGGAACCCAGUCUGGCGAGUCGGGCACCCAAUCUGGUGAGUCGGGAACCCAGUCUGGCGAGUCGGGCACCCAAUCUGGAUUUGAGCCCCAAAUUGCACUGGCAACACUACCACAGGCAAACGAUGUAUUUGAGGUUGCGAGCCCACCUAGAUCUCGCGGGCGUCCCAAGCAAGCAGCAAGAUCCAAGAAAGAAGCUCGCCGCAAAAAUGUCCAGACGGUCCAAGACGACUCAAAUUUGUAUGCGGCUAAUCUGAGUCUAGCAAACGUACAAGAUGCUGUAGAAGGCGAGCCCACAUACAAAGAAUCCGCCGCGAUUCUAUCGCGCUUCAAGCUUUUUGAGUUCAGCAAAAAACCCAGAGCCCCAGUUGCCCACAACAAGUUAAGCCUACCUCCCGCGAAAAACAUCACCCCUAAUCUAGCCGAGCAAGACAUUGCGGUGGAACUAAUUGGCAUUGGCACGUAUGCCACAGAGACUUUGGGUGUGAUGAAAAAGUGGCACAGAGCAAUGAAGAGCAUACAGUAUGUGGAGAAAGCUAUUAGCUGGAUUGAAACGAUUGAUUUCACGCUACCGAUGCCCCAAGCCUUUCGCGCUGAAUCAGAUCCUGAUAUGAUACCUAAACUGAAGGCGAUCCCACUUCUGUCGGUGCAGGCAGAAGCGCUGGAACUUGUGGGCAAGUCAACACUGGGCGACGGCACCGUUAAUACGCUAAUGUUGAAGCUAUUCGCGGAAAGGGUCGAUACGAUUGGUAUUGAUACCUCCAUCGCAGGGAACGUUAUGAAUGGCUUCUUGCCGGUGGAUACAAUGAAGAGUGUGCUACUUGGGGCGACGGGUGAGAAGAUUUUAAUUCCAGUAAUUUGCGGCAAGAACCACUGGUGUUCAAUCAUGAUAGACCUGACAUGCAAGGACGUGUUAAUCUACGAUCCGAUGAAUUCAAGCUAUGGAUCAAAAGUUCGACCCCUCGCUGACAAGUUGGUGACAAUGCUGCCAGAUUUUGCUCCAAGAAAGUACCGAGUUCGACUGUAUCUUAGUGAGCUUGGAGUGCAGGUCGACAGCUACAAUUGUGGCAUGUAUAUGCUGUUAGCUUUUGAGGUUUUUGCUGGCGCCAAUACUCUCAGUCUACUGAGUAGAAAGGAGCUUCAGUACCUUCGCUAUCGAUACCUUGGCAUGUGCAUUUAA